AAUCGCCAUCCUCCGUCCGCACCUUCUCCGUGGGUGGUCGUCCAGGUAGGAGUCGACCUUUCAGGUGUCGUCCAAUCGGCGUGCGUCGUUCGUGACCAAUGGCGAGGAGGCAUUGCCGCGGGCCGCUGCUUCAUCCCACGGCACAUUUCUAGAGCGUGUCGUGCCGCUGCCGGGGGUGUACAUGUAUGUGUUGUGGUGUUUACGUCGGUGAACGAGCGACGCGAGUGCGGUUAUCACCACCUCUUCGAAGACGACGUCCACGUGGUGUUCUUGAUGGGAAGCCGACGAUGGCCGCCGAGGUGGGACCUAGGGGACGACGCAAGCAGGCCAAGCCGCAACGCAAAGGUAAGAGAGCGAAGUUGGUAGCCGUUGAGAGACAGAUGUUGCUGGAUGUGGAGGCGGUGAACGGGGUGCAGAUGAGUCCCGCGGCGCCCUCCAAGCGUCUGAAGGAGGCCACCGUCCCCGAGGAGGUCCUCAACGGCCUCUCGAUGCACAGUAGUCCGCCCAAAGUCCUGACAGGGGGCUCCGCUUCGGACGCCCCCAACGAUGAUCUCAUCUCGGUCAAAGCUGCAGUGGGAGAGCAAGAAGAUGAAAAUAUCGAAGAGUAUCUCCAGAGGAGUGAUACGGCGGUUAUCUAUCCGGAACCUGUUGGCCAGUCGUCGGAAAAUCGUGUUUCCCCGUUGACAAACGGUGUGAGUAAUAAGGAAAGCGACGAUCUCAACACCACCACCAGCUCAAACGGCGACUAUUACAUCAAAUGUCCGCAGUGUCAGAAAGGAUGUCAGACGUUUCAUGCGUUGAAAGAGCACAUGGAGACGUCGCACGCCGAUUUGACAGCUUCAAGUCCUGAAAAUGGACUUUUAACAACGACGACGACAACGACGUCCACAUCACCAAACGUCGCCGUCUCGCCGACGACGCCUUCCACUGGAGGUCCCUUCGGGUGCUCGCAAUGCACCACCUCCUUUGCCACCAAAGACCAACUGGACAAACACGAAUUGUUGCAUUCGCCUAAUGCUCAAGUGUCCUGUAAAAUCUGCAACAAAACCUUCGCCAACGUGUACCGCCUUCAACGUCACAUGAUCAGCCAUGACGAGAGCGCCGUACUUCGCAAAUUCAAAUGUACCGAAUGCGAUAAGGCCUUUAAAUUCAAACACCAUUUAAAGGAACACAUUCGAAUCCACAGUGGCGAAAAACCAUUCGAAUGUCCCAACUGUGGCAAACGCUUCUCCCACUCAGGAUCCUAUUCUAGUCACAUGACAUCGAAAAAAUGCCUCGUGAUGAAUUUAAAAUUGGGUCGUGCACGUCCCAACACCCCCCAAAAUCAUCGCCCCUUAAAACAACAACGUCCAAUCAACAAUAACAUCAACACAAGUCCCAACCACAACACCUAUCUUCCAAUUCUUCCAAAAUAUUCCGAAUUUCUUCAACCACCCUUCUAUCUGGCACCGCCAAACCUCCCAUCAAUCAGUCCAUACUCUAUUCCGAGUUUAGGCCACAUUUUUGAACAGUUACAACAAUCACCACUCCGACCUCCCCUCCCUCCUGGCGAUGAUUACGUUCAAACGCCACCAAUCAAAGAAGAAGAACUCAAGUCGAACACGUCCAGUUGUGGCGAACUGGUGAUGGACGAAGACGAAACAACGAAGAAUGAAGAAACCGCCCCCAAUAAUACCGGCGACUUGGAGGCGGUAAAACGCAUCCUGGAAACAGUCAACGCAACUGUAACCAAACAGUUGUUACAGGCCAACAUUUCAAAAUUCUCCUCGGAAUCAUCAUCAAGUGACAACUCAUCACAACAUUCCCCCAAAGAAGAACAACACGAAACAAGCGAAGGUCUCGCCGCAAAACUGGAAGAUAUCGUCCAAGUGAAAGAAGAAGAUGAAGAAAUCGACAGCGAAUCGGUUACCACCACCGAUCACGUGUCAGAAGACGGCCGUAAAGUCCGAGUCCGUUCGUUAAUUUCCGACGAACAAUUGAAAGUACUCAAGGAUCACUACAAGCUAAAUCCGCGCCCAAAACGCGAAGAUUUGGAGAAAAUCGCCGACACGAUUGGUUUUCCAGUUCGUGUGGUCCAGGUGUGGUUUCAGAACACAAGGGCCCGUGACCGCCGCGAAGGGCGCCUCAUACAGGUGCCCUACAGUCCGGCCCUGCGCUACCCUUUGGUGCCUUCCUCACUCACUAUCUCACCCUACAAUGAACAACCGCUAGAUUUGUCAACGAAACGAGGACCACCGUCAAUCGAAUCCUCAACUCCCGGUAGUUCCCCCAGGCCUGAACUGGACCAUGAAGCUAUUAAUUUAACUAAAACACCACCAUCGCCCAUUGAUUUUAAUAAUAGUAGUCGGUUGGCACAAAUUCUAGCACAACCGAAAUUAUCAAUGGGUACGAUGGGUUUAGUGCCAAUGGAACAAUGGGAUUUACCCAGUUUAAGCCAAUUGAUUACGAAUCGUUUGAAUUCGUUAAGUCCGAAAAUUGACGAUGGAGGGGAUGAGAAGAGGGGGAAAGUGUCACAGUAUGUGUUGAAAAGUCUAGGGAGUCCUGUACUUGGAGGUGGAGGAGAUGGAGAAGUGGAGGGGCAGUUUAGUUGUGAUCAAUGUGAUAAGGCGUUUUCGAAGCAGAGCUCAUUGGCGAGGCACAAAUAUGAGCAUUCAGGUCAAAGGCCGCACAAAUGCGACGAGUGUCCCAAGGCCUUCAAGCACAAGCACCACCUGACCGAGCACAAGCGUCUCCACAGCGGCGAGAAGCCGUUUCAGUGCGUGAAAUGUCUGAAACGUUUUUCACACUCUGGUUCCUACAGCCAGCAUAUGAACCAUCGCUAUUCGUAUUGUAAGCCGUACAGAGAGUAGAUUCGGUUGCGAAUCAGUUCCAGUACUUAGACUUUGACCUUCUUGCCACGCAAAAAACCCAAAUGUUGUAAAUAGUAUUUAAAAGAGAGUUUAUAAGAGUUUCGUUGGUUUUGAAAUUAGCAUGUACAUACUUGUCUGGUACCUGUAUAACAAUACUCCGAUUUAAUUAACUGAUUAAAGUAUACAGUUUCGUGCCAGUUGAAUCAAAUGUCUUCCAGCAAAGGGCAGCUGGAGGCAGAGUGUUCGAUGUGCAAUGCGCCGUAGUUACGUUAUUGUGAUUGGAAUAUUUAAAAUAUUUUUUUAUUGUAGAUAUUGUAAAAUAAAACGUGUUGCUUUCGAAGUGCCAUACACACCAACGAUUGUAUAAUAGCCUUUGUGUGAUUGUAGAUUGGUUUCGGAACAUCGAUAUUGAUAGUUAUAUGCCUUUAGUUGAUAACAGUACAAUAAGGGGGCGUUUCAUGACAAUACGUAGUAACCAAACAAUACAAUGAACAAAUGGUGCAACUAACUCACUUUUAUAAGAAGCAUUUAAACGGUGAUUGAGUUACCACGAGUUUUAGAGUACUUUAAAAAGGCGGCUUGGGGCAAGAUGGCGUGCGCGCUCCGCGCACGCCAUCUUGCCCCCAGCCGCCGCGAUGAAACCAUUCCAAAUUGCGUACCUAAGAUUAUUAUUUCCAGCGUGUGACUAAUGGAUAAGAUUUGUUGACAAUAAUGUAGCCAUUUGAUAUAAACCUAUUUACUUAGUACUGCUAAUGUUAAUUCAUAAAGUAGCAUUUAUUAUUAAAGAAUUCUCAAGGUAUGUGAGACAUUUUCGAAUAUUAAAAUAUGUAUACAACAUUAUAUAAUAUUAAAGGAAUAUAAAUUUUAAUAAUUACUUAAGAUAUUCUACGAUUUCAGUGUAUAGCUAUUUCUGUACAUAUUCAAUGUUUACUUCUCCCUCUCUCUCUUCCUUUCUCUAGUGCAUGUCCGACCGUUCGUUCGUUCUUUCCUCAAUUUUUUUACUAUUAUCCUACUCGUAAUUUAGUUUAUUCGUUUGCAAUAUUGUUGUGUGUAAUAAUUUUUAUUUUAUUUGUUAACAAAAAAUGUAAAUUUUUUUACCAAUGCCAUGGCUAGUAUAACCAAAGAUUUUGUAAUAUAUAUUAGUUCUAUGUAUAUUUUUUUCUUGUUUUUUUUUUUUUCAUUUACAUGUCCAGUUUAUGUAACAUUCUUUUUGUUAUUAUUAUAAUUAUAUUUUUUUACUUUCUAGAUUGUCUUGUAAAAAUGGUGAUUAUAAAGUAUGUCUGUGUCAAAUUCUAUUAUGAAAAGUUGGAAAUUGUAUUUUACUCGAUACAAAUAAACUAUAAAUUGCCAUCA